GAGUGGGCAGCGGCGUUUGAUUGAAGAAAGCGUUUGUCUUUCCCGGGAUGUGAAAAGAGGGGGGGCCGUGGCUCAUGUACAACUAGUUGGUUUGGGGCGGGUUAUUUUGGGCAAGUCUGUGCGCGGAGGCACCUCAAACGGAGAGAGGGAGCGUAGGAAAGCGCACGGCGCACAGACCAGACGCAGGCAGGAGAGGGUGAAAGGCGCACAGCUUUCUGUGGCACUCAGCUGCUUCUCCCUCACGCUAGAUAGGCACAACAUAUCUGAAUGAUAAGGAAGGAAAGGUAGAAACAAAUGUGGAUGCCUUUACGGAAAAUAGUGCAAUUUGUACUGGCUUAGAUUGAACAAUCUGAAUGUUUGGCUUUUUUUUUGUUUUUCCUCAUCGCUCCGCGGAGAAGGCAAUGCAGCUGCUGAUUGAGGGAGGAGAGCAUUUACUAAGUUAAAACUGGAAUUUCCUGCGCUCUGCAUUUUUUGAGCAGUUUUUCCCUCUGGAUCUGCUUUUGGCUUCCACAGAAAUGCAACCAGGGAAGAUGAAGGGACUCUUUCUGUCAAGAAUGUGGAAAGUUGUGGUUGUUUUGGCUCUGGCAACGCAACACGUCACCGGUAAGACACUGAAAUAUCAGAUUUUUGAGGAGCAGAAGGUUGGCACGGUCAUCGCCCGUUUGCGGGAUGAUGUCGCGGAUGUUCUGGCGAAACUUCCCAGCUCGGUGUCGCUCCGCUUCAGAGCGAUGCAAAGAGGGAGCUCGUCUUACCUCGCGGUGCGCGAGCAGGACGGAGAAAUCACCAUCAAGACCAGGAUCGACCGCGAGAAACUCUGCGAGAAGAACCUCAACUGCUCCAUCCAGUUCGACGUGCUGACGCUGCCCACCGAGCACCUGCAGCUGUUCCACGUCGAGCUGGAAGUGUUGGACAUCAACGACAACGCACCCCAGUUCGCCCGCGCCGUCAUCCCCAUCGAGAUCUCCGAGAGCGCAUCCGUGGGAGCGCGCAUUCCCCUGGACAGCGCCACGGAUCCCGACGUCGGGGAGAACUCGCUGUACACGUACGCGUUAGAGCCCAACAACUUCUUCAAGGUUGACAUCCAGUCCAGAACCGACGGGGCCAAGUACGCGGAGCUGGUGGUGCUCAGGGAGCUGGACCGGGAGGUGCGCUCCAGUUACGAACUUCAGUACACGGCCUCAGACAGGGGCGUUCCCUCGAGAACGGGCACGACCCUCCUCAAAAUUAAUGUUGCCGACUCAAAUGACAACAGCCCCAUUUUUGACAAGUCCUCAUAUGUCAUAAAUCUUCCAGAAAGCUCACCUGUUGGCACUCUGCUCAUUGACUUAAACGCCACUGACUUGGAUGAGGGCACAAACGCCAAAAUAGUCUACUCCUUCAGUAGUCACGUGUCCCCAAAGAUAAUGGAGACGUUCAAAAUCAAUCCCGACAGCGGUCACCUGUCCCUCGUCCGGCGUGUGGACUAUGAGACCAUGAGCUCCUAUGACAUUGAUGUGCAGGCACAGGACAUGGGUCCAAACUCAAUGCCCGCUCACUGCAAGAUCCUGGUCAAACUGGUAGAUGUGAACGACAACAAACCAGACAUCAGCAUCAACCUCAUGACCUCUCAGGGGAAUGGGGAUGCGGCGUACAUAUCUGAGGCUUCUGCUCUGGACACGUUUGUAGCUUUGGUGAGGGUGGAGGACAUGGACUCUGGGUUGAAUGGAGAGGUGGAGUGUAAACUUCACGGUCAGGGCUUCUUCAAACUGCAGAAGACUUAUGAGAACAAUUACAUGAUUCUGACCAAUGUGUCUCUGGACAGGGAGAAGAGGUCAGAGUUCAGUCUGACGGUGGUGGCAGAGGACCGGGGGACUCCCAGUCUCUCUACUGUCAAGCAUUUCACUGUGCACGUGACUGAUGAGAAUGACAAUGCGCCACGUUUUGAGAAGGGCCGAUAUGAGAUCUUUAAAUCUGAGAACAAUGCCCCUGGAGCAUAUCUCACCUCCAUCAUGGCCACCGACCCUGACCUGGAUACCAAUGGGCAGGUGAGCUACUCCAUCUUGGAGAACUCUGUUCAUGGGAGCUCAAUCUCCACCUACGUCACCAUCGACCCCUCCAAUGGGGCCAUCUAUGCACUGCGUACAUUUGAUCGUGAGGAUGUCAGCCGUAUCUCCUUUGUUGUGCAAGCCAAAGAUGCAGGAAAACCAUCUCUGCUGAGUAACGCUACAGUCAUUCUGAACAUCCUGGAUGAGAACGACAGCCCUCCAGUCAUCGUGGUGCCCCAGCUGUGGAACUUCACUGCUGAUGUGCCUGCAUCAAAGUUCACAGAUGCUGGACACCUAGUAACAGUGGUUAGGGCGACUGACCGAGACACAGGGGUCAACGCUGAGCUCAUCUGCUCCAUAGUCAGCGGCAACGAGGAGGGUUUCUUCCUCAUAGACCCAAGAACCUGUGAAAUCCAUGCCAACGCCAGUCUGGAGAACUUCCCCCAGGAGAGCGCUGAGUUGACCAUCGUGGUCCGAGAUCAGGGAAGCGAGAGCCUCAGCGCUAAGGCCGUUCUGAAAAUCACCCUCUAUGAGAACAUGGAGAACCACGUCCAGGUGAUGGACCAGGGGGAGUCUCCACUCGACGCAUCCCUGAUCAUCAUCAUCUCCCUGGGGGCCAUCUGCGCUGUGCUCCUCGUCAUCAUGGUGGUGUUUGCUGCUCGCUGUAAUCGCGAGAAGAAGGACAACAGGAACUCCUACAACUGCCGGGUGGCUGAGUCAACCCACCAGCACCAUCCCAAGAAGCCUGCUCGCCAAAUCCACAAAGGCGAUAUCACUCUGGUUCCCACGGUGAAUGGGACCCUGCCAAUCAGAGCUCACCAUCGCUCACCUUCGGCCACGCCCCCCAUGGAACGCGCCCAGAUGGGGAGCAGACAGAACCAUCACAGCCGCCAAUCCCUGAACAGCCUGGUGACCAUCUCAUCCAAUCACAUUCCCGAGAGCUUCGCCCUGGAACUGGCACACGCGACUCCACCAGUGGAGCAAGUCUCACAGCUUCUGUCCAUGCUCCAUCAGGGCCAGUACCAGCCCAGACCCAGUUUCCGUGGCAACAAAUACAGCCGCAGCUACAGGUAUGCAUUACAAGACAUGGACAAGUUCAGCCUGAAGGACAGUGGCCGUGGGGACAGCGAGGCGGGAGACAGUGACUGUGACAUGGGGAGGGAAUCCCCCGUGGACAGACUGCUGCUGGGGGAGGGCUUUUCUGACCUGAUACACCUCGAAAUGCACCAUCGACUCCACCCAGCCAUGAGACUGUGCACGGAUGAAUGUCGUGUUCUGGGACACUCUGACCAGUGCUGGAUGCCCCCUCUCUCCUCGCCCGCUUCCUCCUCUGACUACCGCAACAACAUGUACAUCCCCGGGGAGGAGUCCUUGCAGCAGCCACAGCUCGACGAUGACCAGUCUUCGGUCGACUCGGAGCGCCGCAAGAGCUUCUCCACUUUUGGUAAAGAGUCUGGGAGCGAAGAAGCCCUCGCCGGGGGAGUCGUCGCUGGAGGAGGAAGUGAUGCAUGUGUGGCCGGAGGAGGGGCUGGCUCCCUCCUCACAGAGAUGAACUCUGUGUUCCAGCGACUUCUCCCCCCCAAUAUAGACUCGUACACAGAGUGCACUGAAACAAGCCCCCCACCAUCCUCCUCAACUACUGAGAGAGGAAGUGGUCGUAGCAGCAAUGCUGCCGCUAACCACAGUAACAACGCUGUUCCUCAGGACAGCCGCAGAGGGUUGCUGCCAGGUGGGAAAGGUCCCGCUUAUCCCCCAGGUGUGGCUGCAUGGGCGGCCAAUACCCACUAUCUAAACCCUGGAAGUGGAUCUGUGGGGACCAACCACGUUUCCCCCUCUUCUUCCUCCUCCACUUCCUCUACAUCUUCGACCCCCACUGCCACCUCCACUAAUGGGCAGCCGCCUCACCUCAAAUGGCUACCAGCCAUGGAGGAAAUCCCAGAGAAUUACGAGGAAGACGACUUUGAUGGCGUCUUCCACCAGGGUCACCAAAGUGGGAAGCGCAGCGAGAGCCGCCACGAGGCCGGCAUGGACGCUAGUGAGCUGGUGCAUGAGAUCAACAAACUGCUGCAGGAUGUCAGACAGAACUAGAGAGAGAGAGAAAACAAUGGCGUGGCGUGCUUUCACAAUGUGAGGGGAGAGAACAAUUCAACACAUUCUGUCAAAUGCUUGUUCUUCGUGCCAACGUAUACAUAUAAACUUCAUGAUGACUGCUUCUUGUUCACUGUAAUGCUUGUCUCGUCUGUUUUACCAAAUAUCCUCUUUGCUGCUCAGUGCUGAGAGACUCGCAGAGAAAAGUAAAACAUGGCACUGAAGUUGUGAUCGAGGUGACUUAACGGCAUCAAAGCGAGCGCGCCGAGAACACAUUGCUCAGUUGUCAUUACAGUCCCUUCGAUUUCAAACGGAAAUCCAUCCACAAGAACUGUACCCUUUCUUCAUUUGUAAUGUUUACAGCAGCAAGAACAGACUCCGUGGGGAGAAACCAACAGCUGUGUGAUCUAAUUUCUGCUUUUACAGUGUACAAUAUUGUACAGUGUCUGUGGGAAAAAGGAAAACUCACUUGAAUAUUGUGCUACGUCUCCUGUUUUGUUAUUAUGGAAUGUAACUGUACAAUUUGACCUUUGUAUUUUAAAAAUACACUCUUUUCUACUUCUAUAUAUUUAUAUGUGUCCAUGUAUGUUUGUACAGAAAAAGAAAACAAAUGUCUAUUUUUUAUAUUUGUCACUGCAUGUCUUAAUAUCACUCAAUGUGUCUCUUUCCCUCUACCCUGUUUAUUUGAUAAAACGACUGUAUUUAAUUUUCUUAUUGAAUAUGUGUGCGUGUAUGUGUGUGCGUAUUAAUAAUAAUCACAUUCCAAAGCGGUUCCAUGUUGGAAUUUGGUUUUGUAUGAUAUCAUUGUGACCAGUGGAUGGUAAAUAAAGUGAAGGGAUUCAUAACAGGA